UGCGUCGGAUAGGUUCUGUUUGCAGCAGAUCUGUGAACUGAAAUCAGGUCAGAGUGACGACAACAGGCGAACUGGGGACAGCCUGUCUACAUGGUCGGAAAGGCGUUCCGUUGGGACUAGUUGUCGGAGACAAACCGGAGCAAGGCAAGGUAGUCGGCAGCGGUGCCGGGUUCCGACUUCUUUUUUUUGAUCCUUUAAAAAAGUUGCAGAUCUUAGGGUCUGCUGUUGUCAGCCAGAAAGGGUAGAACGCCCUUCUCAGGAUAUACUCGGUGUUUAUCGCGACGCAGUGACGUGCUGCCACCAAAACAAGCGGCUCGGCCAGCAGCCCGUGCAAGCCAACACAGAAGCUGCAUCCCCAAGAAAGUAAAACAAAAUGGCAAACCUGGGCGAGAAGAAGAUGGACCCGGUCGAGGUCAUCAUCCGCGCCAUGGCGCCCGUCGACAUGUCGGCGCCCUACGACCGGGCCGGGUGCGCCGGCAAGACGGUCCUGAUCACGGGCGGCGCGUCCGGGCUGGGCGCCGCCUUUGCGCGCGAGUGGGCGUCGCACGGCGCCCACAUCUUCGUCGGCGACGUCGACGAGCGCGCGGGCGAGGCCCUGGUGGCGUCGCUGCGCGCCUCCACCGGCAGCCCGCACCACCACUUCCAGCGCUGUGACGUGGCCGACUGGGCCAGCCAGGUCUCCCUGUUCCGCGCCUGCGCCCGCGCCAGCCCCACGGGCGGCAUCGACGUUGUCGUCCCCAACGCCGGCAUCGGCGGCCUGGGCCACGAGGACCGCGCCGCAGGGGGCGGCGGCAGCUCGUUCGAGUACCCUAGAGGGCUGGACGCCGAGGACCCGCCCGCGCCAAACCUCAAGGUGCUCGACAUCAACCUCAUCGGCGUCAUGUACACUGUGCACCUGGGGCUCUUCUGGCUGGCCCGCAACGACGUCAAGGGCGGCGGCGGCGACGACAACAACAACAACAACAGUGAACAGCCCCAGCCCAACGGCGACGAGACGCCCGAGGACCUCGCGGCGCGGCUCAAGAAGCUCCGGGCGCAGCGGGACCGGCACCUGCUGCUGAUCGGGUCCAUCGGCGGCGUGCUGCCGCUGGUCGGGGCGCCCGAGUACACGGCGUCCAAGCACGGGGUGACGGCGCUGUUCCGGACGCUGCGCACCCCGUGCUUCUGGCGCGGCAUCCGCGUCAACAUGCUGCUGCCGUGCUUCGUCGACACGCCCAUGGUGCCCAACGGCGUCAUGUUCGUGCUCGCGGGGAGCGGCAAGGCCGCCGUCGCCGACGUGGUCGAGGCCGGCACCCGCUUCGUCGCCGACAAGACGGUCGCGGGCAGGGCCGUCGUGGUGGGCCCGCGCCUCAAGGUCGACGACGGGGCGGACGGCCGCACCCGCAUAGCCGAGCUGUCGCCGGCCGAGAACGAGGCGGCCGCCAAGGCGGGCAUGAAGGGCCAGUGGCCGGGCAACCAGGCCGCCUGGGAGUGCUACGCCCACGACUACGAGAACCUCGAGGGUUUUGUUUACAGGUACAACAAGCUCAUGACCGCGUACGCCCAGGUAGCCGGCUGGAUAGGCUGGGCAAGGGACGUCUUCUCGCUUUUCUUCAGGAACCCGACCAAGAAAUAG